AUGGCUGACAAAUUGAAAAAAUAUACCUUUCAAAGGAGAAUGGCAAUGAAAGAUUUAGAAACGUUAUUGUCUUUAUCCAAUUCUGCUCUUACAGAGGUUCAUAAGCAGUCGCUUUUUCGUGUUCGGUACUCAGAAUUAGACGAUGUUUUGGAGAGUUUUAAUAAAAAUAAUCAAAACAUCGUUACAAAUCUUUUGAACUCUGAUCCUACGGAUGCUCAAUUAGAUUCUGAGGACAUUAUUCGUUCCCAAUUUUUGAAUGAUUAUUAUCAGAUCAAGGCUAAUUUCGCGGAUCUCUUUGAAGAUGAUGAUAAUAGUCAAAAUAAUGAGGAAAAUAUCGCCGCUUCGAAUGCAGUACAACCUCCUAGUAAUGUUCGCUUGCCGCAGUUAGAAUUAGUUAAAUUUUCCGGUGAUUUUACGUCAGCAAUUACUUUUUUUGACUUGUUUGAUGCGCUUGUGCACCGUAGACCUAACGUUGAUGAUACGGAAAAAUUAACGUAUUUGAUUCAAAGUUUAGAAGGGCCUCCUUUAAGGUUAGCUAAAUCCUUGCCUUUAGCUAGAGAAAAUUAUGUUAGGAUUUAUGAUAAAUUAAAAAAUAGGUAUUUAAAUAAACGUUUGCGUGCAAUGGCACAUUGGUGCAAAAUUGAAGAAGCUCCCGCAACUAUGUUUAAGAAUUCUGAUAGUUAUAGUAAUUUAAUUGAUACCUUUUCGGAAAAUUUAUCAGCUUUAGAAAAUUUGGGUUAUAAAAUUUCGGAUUUUGUGUUAGCUUACAAAAUUCUCACCAAGCUUGACGAGGAGACUCACCAACGUUUUGAAUUAUUACAUGGGUCUAGUGAAAUGCCUACGUUUAUUCAAUUAUCUGAUUUCCUAGAAAGUCAAUGCAUUUCGUUUGACUCAUCCUUGUUGUCGCCUUGUUCUCCCAAGGAUUCUAAUAGAAAAAAUAAAUCGCCUUCUAAACACAAUGUAAAUAAAAAUGGUUCUAAAGUCAAUAAUCGCUAUAGUUUUUUUUUCGAAGCCUAA